UGAUAUAUUUAUCAGGCGGUGGGAAAAAUCACGGUCCUCUUUCACAUUGACGAGAUAGGAAAUUCGGGGAACCGUGUAAAAGGCGGAGCCUGUUGCCAAGGACUCACAUCCCGAUGUUCCGAGCAAUGUAAACCGGCCCUCUCCGUUUGUAUCUAUAAAAACAGAGGUAAUGUCGCUACCUGUGAAGCUUCAGUCACCACUACAGUCAACCUUAAAAACAACGUGCAGAAGUUUGGCACUCACCUGGGAAACAUGUCUAAUCCCCUCUACCUGGAGAUAGAUUCCUGGGACAAAUACAGAAGUAAAUUCCAGGUGACAGUCGUGGACAUGGCGCCAAACAGUACACCUUUGAUAUACCAGACUCAGUUUUAUGAUUUUGCUAUUGUCCUUGGGAAAGACGAAAUUAGUGACGUGUGGAGAGCGAAAACGUUACAGGCUAGCUACAUCACUUUCCACAUUGCUUUCAGGUUACAUAUUUCGUACAAACUGUACUGUUCCCCUGGGUAUUACGGACCCGAUUGUAAUAUUUCGUGUGCGGGCAACCCUAACAAGUGUGUACACGCAGGGAAAACUUACUGUAAAUCAGGAUGGACCGGUGCAAACUGUGACCAAGAUAUCAUAGAAUGCAAAGACCCUACCUUCUGUCAUGGGGGACGUUGCAUUAACAAGAUAGGCGGGUAUUCCUGCGAGUGUCCUGAGGGACUAUCUGGUACCCAGUGUCGACUGGACGAUGACGAAUGCUUUUUUGAGCCUUGUAAUGGCGGUCAGUGUGUAAACACGCUCGGCUCGUUUGCUUGCUCUUGUCCCAGUGUAUCUAAAGGCAAAACUUGUGACACAUUGAUCACCAAUCAAUGUACAAACUCCACUUGUAAGGGUCACGGAACAUGUAAAGUGAUAUCAGACCGCAACAGUACGCGUGCGCAGUGUAAGUGUGAGUUCGGUUAUAUGGGUGCAGAUUGUAGUUUUCGAGAUUACUGUAGCAUGCACGGCUGUAUUAAUUGCGGGACGUGCGUCAAUACUGCUACGUCAUCUUUCUGUGUUUGUCAGGAAGGAUUUUCUGGUCAAAAUUGUGAACUUCACGACUACUGUGCCAGUUCACCGUGUAGCCAUUUAGGAACGUGUAGAAAUAUCUAUAACGGCUUUCAGUGCGAUUGCGCACAAGGCUACUCCGGUGUCACGUGUGAUGUACGAGAUUUUUGUCAGAAUCAAAAUUGUAGUGGACGCGGGGUGUGUUUUAACGGUGAAAAGGGCUUCCUUUGCAAAUGUGAAGAUGGUUUUAUUGGCAUCAAUUGCGGACAGACUAACUACUGCUAUAAAACGAUUUGUCCAACAGCUCAAACGUGUAUUAAUGACAAACAUGGAUAUUCCUGUGUUUGUCCCGGCGGGUUAACAGGGGAGGAGUGUAACAAGUUAGAUAGGUGCUAUUUUAACCCUUGUCAUGGACACGGACACUGUUCAAACACAAAUACCGGAUUUAAUUGUAGUUGUGAUGGAGGAUGGAAACUGCGAGACUGUAGUAAAGUUGACUACUGUUAUAGAGAUCCAUGUGUUCACGGAAAUUGUACAGAUCUGGCUACAUCAUUCCAUUGCACGUGUGAGAGGGGGUGGGUUGGCCAACACUGCAAUAACACGGACUUUUGUUUAAGUGAUCCGUGUGACCACAACGGCACGUGCUCGAAUAGACUUCACACGUUCGAGUGCGUGUGUCCAACAGGAUGGGCGGGGAAGAGUUGUGAAUUAAUAGAUGAUUGCCUGAGCGUUCCUUGUCAUAAUAACGGAAGUUGUUCUGUAGAUAGCAAAGGAUAUCACUGCGCAUGCUCCUCUGGUUGGACUGGUCCGACUUGCUUUGAGGUUGAUUACUGUUACGGGGAUCCAUGUCAAAAUCAAGGAACAUGUGUUAACGGACUGACGGGGUAUUUUUGUCAAUGUGCUGCACAUUUCACGGGACCUAAUUGUGAGACAAAUGCAUGUGCGAAUGAGACAUGCAGUGGAGAUGGUUCCUGUCGGGCGUUUGGUGAUGGAUAUGCCUGUGACUGUUACGAUGGGUUUGUGGGAUACGAUUGUGAACAUAAAGACCCAUGUAAACUGUUAACAUGUUUUAAUGGUGGCAACUGUACAGUAUUGCAGCAUAAUUAUACAACUUCCACUAAUGCUAAACGCUUGUACUCAAACUACACUGCGGCAUGCAUGUGUCCUGAUACAUGGAAGGGCGAAAGAUGUGAGCAAGAUGUUGAUGAAUGUUUAAUGCAGAAAACGUGUGGUCGACACGGCCAUUGCUCGAACAGUAAGGGUGAUUUUACGUGUUUUUGUGACCCUGGUUAUGAAGGUAAGAACUGCGAGAGGGACAUUGAUGAAUGUGCUUCCAUGCCAUGUAAAAAUAAUGGAACCUGUGAGAAUAAAGAGGGGAACUUCAUUUGUCGCUGCUCUCAGUACUGGAGUGGAACAAACUGUGAUCGAGACAUCAACGAAUGCAGGUAUCACCCCUGUGAAAACCAAGGUACAUGCCAAAAUUCUCCCGGAAAUUACUCGUGCACAUGUGGAAAAUUUUGGACAGGGAGACAUUGUGAAAAGCAUAUAGAUGCUUGUCAUGCCCAGCCGUGCAAAAACGAGGCCACUUGUAUAGACCUGGAUACGACAUAUUAUUGCAAAUGUGACUCGAGAUUCACUGGUCGCCAUUGUGAUGUUGAUGUGAACGAAUGUCUGACGCAAUAUCCCUGUCAUAAUGGUGGUUCAUGCAUCAAUGCAGUUGGGGGGUUCACGUGUAACUGUACAUCAUAUUGGGAAGGUGUGCAUUGUGAACAAGACACGAAUGAAUGCUCAUUAAGCAUUUGUCCGAACGGCACUGCGUGUGUGAACAAGCGUGAAGGGUACGAAUGUCAGGACUGUUCCCAGUUCUCGUGUUAUCAUCACGGUAAUUGUGUAGAUUCACCCGUUUCCGGUCCUAAAUGUCGCUGUCCGCAGGCUUGGACGGGUGAUCAUUGUGAACAGCGAGACUUUUGUCGCUUUGAUCCAUGCGGUGCAUUAGAAAUCUGCAAAAAUACCGAACACGCCUAUAUCUGCGACUAUCAUCCGUGUCUGAGUACCCCUUGUCACAAUAAUGGCACCUGCUCCGAAAUACGAAGUGAUGUUCAGUGUGAUUGUGCGAAGGGUUGGAUGGGAGAAUUCUGCCAGACACGCGAUUACUGCGCUAGUAGCCCUUGUGCUAAUAAUGGAAGUUGUACAAAUCUUGCAGAUGGUUUUAAUUGCACGUGUCCGCCGGACUGGCUAGUGGAUACCUGUUCUAUAUUUGACUACUGCUAUUCCAAACCGUGCCUGAACGACGGACUCUGCGCCAAUAGACCGGACACAUACCAGUGUCUUUGUCACCAGCAGUGGAUGGGGAGAAGCUGUGAUAUCAGGAAUUAUUGCUAUGAAAUGCCGUGUCAAAAUCAAGGUAUUUGUUCCAAUACAAACUCGUCUUACCAGUGUCUAUGUACGAAGGAAUGGAUAGGUCAAACAUGCAGCGUCUAUAACUUCUGUUUCAAUCAUCCAUGUCAAAACGGAGCUACUUGUAACAACUUCCCAUCCAAUUUCACUUGCACAUGUAAACCCGGAUAUACAGGCAGACAUUGUGAAGUCGUUAUCGACUAUUGCAACUCCUCUCCGUGUCAAAAUAACGGUACCUGUGUUAAUUCUCCUUACGGGUAUUACUGCACAUGCGCAGCCGGUUUUGUUGGACAUAACUGUCAGACUGAUUUGGACGAAUGCAAAAUCGACAUGUGUCCCGCUAAAUCAUCCUGCUUCAACUAUCACGGGGGAUAUACAUGCAUAUGGGCCACGGAAAAAGCAAGAAUAAAACGGGGAUUGCCAACUAUUGUUCAAGAUAUUACUCCAUUUAGGAGUGUCAUACCUCUGGGAAUUGUAGGUGACAAUCACGACAAAAUUAUGACAUCUAUUCACAAUAUACUUGAUGUAACAGUGUGUACCCAGGGGUCAGCAAUAUUCCCAGAAAAAUACAACAUUGACAAAUUAUCUGGGACGAUUGACUUUUUAUUUGGAGCGGCUUGCAUUGGUGAAGAUAUUCCUAUUUCUAAAGCAGAAGAUGCAAUAAAUAAUUUAUUUUGUUGAUAGAUAAGGAUGAACAAAAUGCUACAUACCCCAGUGUAUAAAAACCAGCUAAUGAAUGAAGAAAAGUUAUACUCAAAA